AUUCCGACUUAUCUUAAAACAUAAAAUUAAUGACCUUAGUAUAAGACACAACUAGAGAUUAUAUUCUAGGGUAUCGAAAAAAGCGACCCGCUACCGAUUUGAAACUGCAAAUGCCUCCUCCCUCAAUCCACUAUAAAUACCACCAUCAGUCUUCCUACUCAAAUCCACCUUUCUUCCCUUAAUAAUCAUUUGAUCACCUUCCCCAUAAACAGCGAUAAAGCGUGUAUUCUUUAAUCUGAGUAAUCAAGACUUGCCAUGGCUACUCGUGCUUAUGUGUUGGUGAUUAGCAUGUUGAUGCCUAUCUUCUUGGCUUCCUUCGUCUCUGCAGACCCCGACUUGCUUCAAGAUGUCUGUGUUGCAGAUCUUGCCUCAGAUAUAAAAUUGAACGGAUUCCCCUGCAAAAGCAACAUUACUGCAGACAAUUUUUUCUUUGCGGGGCUAGCGAAGGCAGCUCUCACUAACAACACAUUCGGUGCAACUGUUACACCUGCUUUUGUCCAACAAGUCCCUGGGCUUAACACUCUGGGCGUCGCCAUGGCUCGCAUUGAUUACGCACCUGGAGGCCUGAACCCACCACACACCCACCCAAGAGCCACCGAGAUAGUGUUUGUGUUGACCGGAGAACUGGAUGUGGGCUUCAUAACUACAGCAAACAAACUAUUCACCAAGACAAUCAAGAUGGGUGAAGUCUUUACGUUCCCUAGAGGCUUAAUUCACUUCCAAAUAAACAAUGGAAAGGUUCCUGCAGCGGUGAUUGCUGGCUUUAACAGCCAGUUGCCGGGUACCCAAAGGGCGGCAGACACUUUGUUCGGGUCAUCUCCGCCGGUGGAAGAUGUUGUGCUGACUAAGGCAUUCCAAAUUGGAACCAAAGAAGUGCAAAAAAUCAAGUCCAAGUUUGCUCCUAUGAACAAGGAAGAAAAAUCGCGGCCAGUUCCAUCGACGACAUGUGGUCGUCGUCCCUAUUUCUAUGUGGCUAAUGCUAAAAUGAGGCCGCUAUUGCUUUCGUCGCUACCGAGUGACGUUGGUAAAAGAUCUGGAUAUGAUGUUGCAAUUGCCGUCACCGCUAUUGAUUAUUCCGGUACAGCGACCGGAGUUCUAUGUCAACUGUUGCUGGAGUUCAUCAUCAUCACUAGAAGGAGUGUUAGUCGUAAAUGUUGUCGCCACAAAUCAAUGACGGAGCUUGAAAGACAUGGCAUGAGUAACACACCGAAAAAAAUUGCACUACAGGAAAAAAUUCUUAAAAAAUUUCCACUGCGCCUAAAAAUUUAA